AUGAACAUUCCGAAGACGGCUGCUAUGCUGCGGGGAAAGAAGGCUGGGGCUUCUUGGGGGGCAUUACGCGCAGCCGCCAAUUGGGUGUCCAUUCGGUCAAAGUAUUCGAAGUUGUGGACUCGGCAUGCCAGUGAUCUUGUAUUUGUGUCGUUCGGCUUGCGUUUCACACGCGUUUUGAGCUUGGAAUUGGACGGCUGCCUGCGUGGUUCCGUGGGUGACAUCCCAGGUGGGGCGGCGGCCACAGGCGUGGCGUUGUACUACCUCCUCAGAGAUGACGGAUCAGGCCGCAAGGAAAAGGAGUCUGAAGUGAGGAAGUUGAGCAGGAAUGACGCAACAAAGGAGCAGGUGUUGAUGGUUCUGCGAGAUAUUCUAAGUACCCAAGAGAAGAUGAAGGGAUUGAUGAAAAAGUUCACGCAGAAGUUUUUCGAGGAGGAAUGCACUUUUGAGGAGGCGUGCGCCAUGGUAGCGAAGCAGCACCCGGAGGAUCCCCUAGGCCGUUAUGGCCUGACAAUGGCGACCUUUGAUGGGCUUUUAGACAAGUUUCAGCAGGACCCAGAGGUGAAGGAGGCCGUACUGAGCAUAAUGGGCUCCGCAUCAACUCCAAACCCCACCCCGGCGGCCUAUCAGAUAUCAACGGAUCACCUGAUAAAGGUGCACGAGUUUAUGCGGGACGAGCUGCAGAGUUUGGCAGCAGAGGCAGGGUCGUGGCCGAAGGCAGACAUCAAGGUCAUAACACUGGCUGCUCAGGCUUAUGUUGGCGCAAAGGUACAAAAGAAAUUCGGGCUUACUGGAGAAGAUAUAGAAGGAGCAGUGCUUCUCAAUCACAAGGACCUUUCAGCGAAUGCGAAUUUUACUCUUGUGAACAUGGCGAUCCAAAAGACGAUGAAUGACCUGGUAGACGCAGACGCAUGA